UUUCCAAGCACAAGAUAGAUUCCUGCCGAAUUUUCGUGGACGAGGACCUGUUUCACCCAACCAGCAACGAAGUAUUUAUAAGCCUCCAAGCUCUUAAAGUUUUUCAAACUUUCGUGAGAAUAGGCUGAUUUUGUGUGGAGAAGAUAGUUGUACAUAUCAGGGGAGCUAGCAGAUGUCAGGCAAAUACGGCGGAGACAGCGGGUCGAAAAACAUCGAUUUAGGCAUCAAAUAUGGAUCUGGCGAAUGGACAAACUGAAGCUUUUCCACAUAACGCCUUUUAUGCAACGCAUCAAGCGGGUUCUACGGUGUGAUUGGGCUGGAGAACUGUAUUUCCCAUCAUGCAAUCCUGGUCGGAAAAGAAGAAGACUGGCCAUGAUGAAGCAGGCAUUUCCUUGUGCAGAUCUGUAUGUCAGCCAUGCCCACCGUCUUGAGCACCAGGAGUCUGCAUGCGUCAAGGGGGAGGAAGAAGAGUCGCCAUGCAUCAAGGAGGAGGAAGAGUCGCCAUACAUCAAGGAGGAAGAGUCCGUUCACAUUAAAGGUUUCAGAAAAUAUCUUGGUGCCGAGCCAGAAUCUCCUGGCCAAAAAGAGGAUGUUGAGCGCUCUCAAAUUAAAGACGAGGAGCCAGAGCUCUGUCAACAGAAGCACCUUUCAAUCAAAAAGGAGGACGAAGAGCUGCCAUACGUUAAAGAGGAGGAGGAGGAGGAGCUUAUCACCUGGUCGACUGGUCCUGACUUUGCGCGCCCGUCUGAUUCCACGCCUGCCUUCCUUCUGAGCUUCCACGCCCUACAUCGGCUCAGCUACCCUGAGCAGAGCGAUCUACCCCCGCCACCUUAUUGCUUGUGCUCACCAAUAAACUAA